UCAAUUGCUGUUUGUGGCUCACUGUGAAAGGCGCGCUCAGAGUCCCCACGAUGGCSAGCAGCACGGAGAGAUGGCAGACUCCAUGGCACAGCCAUUAAGGCACAACCUCAGCCGCGCACAUAGCAGAAGCCAAGCGCCUGCUCUUUGCCCCACCCAAGCUCAGGGCCUAAGAACAACCUCCUCCCUCUUCCUAAAAGCCGACAGCGGAGGGCAUGUUUCAAACUGAAUAGGGAAGCCUUUCCGAACUGUUGAGGCUGUUUUCAAAAGCUUUCACUUCACCCAUCAGACCGGCCUCAGUUUCAUCACGACUCCUGCACAGCCCUGUGUGCUGCUGGAAGCCCCCCUGCGACCAGAGCCUGAGCGAAAAGCACAGGAAGGGCCGAGAAGGCUCCAGAACUGGUUUCAGCAACUUUUUCAAGCUUGGGAGAUCAUCAAGGGUUUGCCAGUGACACUGACAAUAAUUGCAGCUGUGGGAGGUGACUAAAACCAAGGAGAAGGAAAGAGRACAAACAUGCAAUUGAGAGGGACAGAAAGAGAUGUCCCACCUGUCAUCUUUGCUGUAGUGAAGCUUCUGGAGAGCUAGGUGGGAAACYAAAAUGGCCAAGGCCAAGUCCUUUUUCAGCCCCUUGUGAAGAAUCCCUGGUAUCAGCAACCAGCUCCAGAGGCUGGGACACCAGGUGGGAGGAAGGGACAUCAGUGAAGGUGUCUCACUCUGGAACAGCUCCUGGCACCAGGCCCUUUCACCCCCCAUUGGAGUGUUCCUCAGUGCUGGGGCUGAGCCAGCACGGCCCCUGCUGCAGCACUCACAUCUCAGCUGGAGUGCCUCAGCGGACAAGAUGGCCGCCCUCAUCGCUGAGAACUUCCGCUUCCUCUCCUUGUUCUUCAAGAGCAAAGAUGUGAUGAUCUUCAAUGGUUUGGUGGCUCUGGGCACAGUGGGGAGUGAGGAGCUCUUCUCAGUCGUUGCCUUCAACUGCCCCUGCUCCCCUGCCCGCAACUACAUCUAUGGGCUGGCUGCCAUCGGUGUCCCRGCCCUGGCCCUCUUCCUCAUCGGUGUCAUCUGGAACAACCACACCUGGAAUCUGGUGGCCGAGUGCCACAAGCGCGGCACCAAGAACUUCUCUGCCGCUGCCACCUUCCUCCUCUUCGGCUCCAUCAUGGGCCGGGCGUCCGUGGCACCCAUCACUUGGUCGGUCAUCUCGCUGCUGCGUGGGGAAGCUUACAUCUGUGCCCUCAGCGAGUUCGUCAAGCCAUCCUCCCUGGACAAGUUUCCAGCUGAGUCUGGGGCCGAGGUGCUGGCCAAGUUCCCCUGUAGAGAUGUCCCGGCAAACCUCACCAAGUUCAGGGACGAGGUGACACGGAGGCUGAGAUACGAGUCGCAGCUCUUCGGCUGGCUGCUCAUCGGCAUCGUUGCGGUGCUGAUUUUCCUGACCAAGUGCCUGAAGCACUGCUGCUCGCCGCUGAGCUAYCGGCAGGAGGCCUACUGGGCCCAGUACCGCUCCAACGAGGACAAGCUCUUCCGCCGCACGGCCGAGGUCCACUCCAGGAUCCUGGCAGCCAAGAACGUGAAACAAUUCUUCGGCUUUGUGGCGCUGGACAAGGAGGAGAAGGAGCUGGUGCAGGAGUUCCCAGUGGAGGGUGUCCAGCCGAGCCCCCAGUGGAACGCCAUCACRGGCGUCUACAUCUACCGGGAGAACAAGGGCUUCCCCCUCUACAGCCGGCUCCACAAAUGGGCCAAAGGCGUGGAAGGGAACGGGCCAACCCCAGAAGGCCAUGAACURCUGUUUUUGGCUUCCUAAGACAGGCAGGCACUGGCAGUGCUUCCCCAGACUGCCUGGCAGGCCUUCCAGUAUCAGCACACAGCUGAGGGAUGCACUGGGAGCAUUCCUCCCRGCAGGAUUACUUCUCUCAGCAGGUGAACAGGGAUCAACAGCCUCAGGGAACAGACUGAUAAACAAUAUCCUGAGCUGGGGAACCCCUCCCUCAGGAGCAACAGUCUCACUGCUGUUCCCAGAGACACGGGGGAGCAAAGAGCAGAUACAGCCUUUAGCUCCAGGCUGCCAGUGCAGCCCAUUGCCUGAUGUACCAGCAGAAACAGUGGGGAACAAGAGACAGGCACAACUUUCUCACURUGACUCCUGCAGUCCCACUUGUCACUCCCACAGCCCCAACCAUCCCACACACYCACUUGUUUUAUCGACAUUAAUAUCUUCUUACACACUUCUGCAAUGCCUGUUACACAGGUAAGUCCUAAAGCACUUUAAAGACUUUACAGUGCAGGGAAAAGAUGGAAGCAGUAGGUAAAUUCCUGUGGUAAGGAGGAUUCAAUGCCAUCUGGGAAAGAAUGGGUCAGUAAUGUACACCAAAUAAUUGAAAGACUAAAKCAGGAGGAAUCACYAAUAUUCCUGGUAUUUAGAAAGGCACCCUGUAAUUACCAAGUUGAAAUUUGGGUAGCACACCAAACUCCCUUUGUUCUUACUGAAGUACCUGGCAAUCUCUAAUGAGCCCAAAUGGUCACCACGAGUUUAUAAAUGCAGAGGAGGCAMCAUCAGCAGAACAGCUUUGGGGCAAGGUACAGUGAUGGAGACUGAGAGGUAUCAGUACCCACAGUGAGCCACACCACUGUCUGCAGCUCAUAGCAUUUCUCAUCAAGCUUCAGAUGAGAGUCCUUUGCGUUGCAAGCUGCAGGAAGACCUCAGCCAGAGUUAGCUUUACAUAUAUGUAUAUAUAAACAUACAUAUAGUGUAUAUACCAUGUAAUUGUAGUUACUUAGUUGUAUUAAUGGAGCAUCUUUCUCAGAGGGAAAGGGGAUGAGAAAGCUGCCAGCCCAAAGAGCACAUUACAUACACCCAUCUGCUGCACUGGGACUGCAGGCCUGGAGCAACAAGGGACAGCAGGAACAGGAUGGGAGAGCAGCUCUCUCCCUACRCAUCUACCACUGAAUUUUCUAAAACUCUUUCCACUGCCUUAAUUGGCCCCUGGAGCAGAAGCUCUCUUUCAUGAACUUGGGAAAAGCAAAACCAGAAAGGUGUAAAAUUACUACUCUCACCAGGACACUGUGUGACUAUGGCUCCAAGGCUGCUCCUCUGACAUUGCACAGUCCCUUUUCUCCCAGGGGUCAGACCUAUGUAUCCAACACCGUUUGAAGAGCUGGCACAACAGAGAAGUUUGAUUUUCCUACUUGAACUCUUUUGUUAUAGGUACAACUUCCUUUUACACUGUGCCACUUACCAAAAAGCCUUAAGUUGUUCAAAAAACAGCUCAAACCCACAGAACUCAGAGGGGCUUGCACACAAAGAGAUUUUAAAUAAAUUAUUAAAUGAGAGUUAUUUUUCUUUGCCUUUUG